GCCAUGGAAGGAGCAAAUGUAAGUUCCCCCAGCACAAUCGUCCUGUUGGGCUUCUCAGAUCGCCCGUGGCUGGAGAUGCCCCUCUUUGGAGUGGUCCUGGUGGCGUACGUCCUCACUUUGAUGGGGAACAGCUCCAUCAUCUUUCUCUCCGCAGUGGAGCCCAGACUUCAGACCCCCAUGUACUUCUUCCUGGACAAUCUCUCAGUGCUGGACCUCUGUGUCACCUGCACCAUUGUCCCCCAGCUGCUGGCCAACCUCUGGGGACCAGACAAGACAAUUGCUUCCUGGGGGUGCUUCACCCAGGCCUACCUCUUCCACUGGACAGGGUGCACUGAAUGCGCCCUGCUGGCGGUAAUGGCCUUUGACCGCUACGUGGCUAUUUGCCGGCCGCUGCGGUACACUCUUAUCAUGCGUCCCCAGGUGUGUGUACAACUGGCAGCUGCCGCCUGGUGCAGUGGCCUGGCCAAUUCAAUGCUCCAGGCCACGCUCACACUUCAGCUCCACCGCUGUGGUCACCACACACUAGACCACUUCUUUUGUGAGGUGCCUGUUCUGAUCAAGCUGGCCUGUGGUGACACCACUGCUAAUGACCUGUCCCUGGCUCUGGGAGCCAUCCCCUUUGCACUGGUGGCCCCCUUGCUCGUACUCCUCUCCUACACAUUCAUUGCCAGGGCUGUGCUGAGGUUGCCUUCAGCUCAAGGAAGGUACAAAGUGAUCAGCACCUGUAGCUCCCACCUGUUAGUGGUCCUCAUGUAUUUUGGACCAGCCAUCUACAUGUACCUUCAGCCUCCUGCCAAUAGCACUCAGGCCAAGUUCAUGUCCUUCUUCUACUGUGUAAUCACCCCUCUGCUCAAUCCACUUAUCUACACCCUGAGAAACAAGGAUGUGCAGAGAGCAUGGAAGCGGAUUCUGCAGCCCCAGGGAGUGGUCAAGUCCUAA